AUGGCCGAACCUGGUCAAUUCCCAUUUGUAGUUAGAUUAUAUUCAAAAUUAAAAGAAUCCGCGGUGACAUAUUGUACGGCUACCAUCGUGACAUCGGACAAACUUCUGACCGCAGGUCACUGUUGCAAUACGAAAGCAGUAAGAUUUGUUGUUUCUGGAGAUCCGGAUCAAACGGAUUUCGUUGCAUCCAAUGAUAAAAACAAGUAUGUUGUUUAUUUUGUUAAAAAAAUUAUAUUACAUCCUAAUUUUGAGCGCACCGAAACAAAGUUGGUACACGAUUUAUGUUUAAUGAUUUUAGAAAAACCUUUGACGUUAAAAGAUGGACGACACAAAACCAUUGAAAUAAGUUAUGAAAAAUUGAAAAGGAAAACAAAUUGUACGGCAUUGGGUUGGGGUAAACAUUAA